GGUCGUUCCGUCCAGUUCCAGUUCCGUCCCCUCACUUCUGAAUGUUCACGAGUCGUGGUCCAGACUGACGGAUCGAUUUUCCGCACGUCAACAGAUUUCGGCAAUUCUGUCAGACGACGGAGAAGGCCACGAAGCAAACUAAAACAUGUCGUUCGGCGACAAGAUAAGCGCUAUCAUGCAGAGGCCUGGACAGGAUCCUGCCAACAAGGACGACGCGCCUUGGUGGAUGAAAUACGGCGGUCGUGGCUUAGGAACUGUUGGAGGCGCUAUUGCAAUAUUUCUUGGAGCGUGGAACUGCGUUUCGAUACUGUUUGGUGGAGUUAGCUGCCUUAUCUCUGGAAUCUGGCAGAUGAUAGCCGGCUUCAUCGUCAUUACCGUGGAGGCUCCCUGUUGUUGUCUAUUCAUUGAUUUUGUGCAACAUUUUAGCGACUGGGUGGAAAAUAAGCCCUAUUGGAACCGAGCAGCGGCCUAUUGCCUGAUUGCGCUUCCAGCCAUCUUCCUGUGCCCUGCAUUGGCCAGUAUAUUUGGUAGUGGUCUGAUAUUUGGUACCGGUGUUAUUUACGGUCUGAUGUCCUUGGGUAAAAAGGCUUCGCUGGAUGAGAUGAAAACGAGGGCGGCCACGACGGAAAGCUACUUGCCGACGUCCAGCAUGCGGUCCACACUCGUCGAGAACGCUCAACCACUGGGAUUCACUGGCACACCGAACAGCAAUGUCUGACAACUAGAAAUUCAUUGCCGGGAGCAUUAGUAAGCUGAAAUAAGUGACGAAGAGAGCGACUAACCUCAAAUGGGUUACCUUUAGCCAAGAGCAGGAAAUGUCUUCGGUGCCUUCAGUUACUAUGAUUCCCAUUAAUGGUUUAUCGGAGAGCUUCGGAGGAACGAAGAAUUAGGCUUGGGUGCAGCUCCGAGGCUUCGACUUGUCUAGUCAGUGCAAUGUUUUGGCUGAGAUUCAUUGAGUGCUGGUACAUCGAAGGGCUUUGCUUCUUUAAUCAUAGGCUUCUUCAGGUCGAUCCUAGAAGUAGAACAAUUUCAUACGGAAAAGGGUUUAAAGUGUUCUCUCUUUUUUUAUACAUGUAUAACAUCCCAUUACUUUACAUAUCAAUAGGAAAGGGAUCAUAAUGCCUAAAUGUUUUAGAUUUGUUAAACGAAAAAAGUGUUUCCAGUGUUGUUCGAUAAAUGGUGGAAGAAUUAGAAUUUGUUUGGUUGAUUGUGAGGUCUUAGAGAUGAUUCGGUGCAAAAUUGUGACGAGCUAAUUGGAUAUCAAGUUUCAAGCACUCAACGGAGAGUUUCUGUGCAACCGAUGUUAAUGGAACGGUCAGGACCACUAAUUGGAGUCUAAUCUGUUCGUGAACUUGUCUAUGCAUGCUCGUGCUAUGCAAGAGUCGUGGUUUCGCCCUCCGCAUUCCUUACUCCUUUCGGUUAAUGUAUUUAUUAAGAGUAAAAGACUUCGCGUGGCGUUCGUUAAUCCCUAAAUCGAUUUCUCCUUAAGAGGACUCAUAUCCAUUUUUUCUGAUAGAUACAGAAAAAAAUGAAACAACAUACAAAUACAGUUUAAACGUGUUAUCGAUCAUACCUUUACAUAUUAUUAUUUUACUUAAGAAACUGCUUUGAGACAUUAAUUCUAUUUUCCAAAUAAUGCCACUUUAUAUUCGCGAUUAAUCUUUCUAAAAUUAAAGGGUAUCAAAACGAACAUUCCUAGUUAUUAAGAAAUAAUUUUAAUAAUUGAGAAAAAUGAAUUCAGAUUUAUAUUUCACUUAAUUUAUGAAUCUUAAUUUAAUGUGAAAAUGGGAUUAACUUGAUGCACUUGUUUUUUGGAAGAGAGCUAUUGAAAAAGUAGCCCAAUUGUCGAUAUUGGCUUUAUAACGAUCUUUAGGAAUGUAAAAUUAUGCAUUACAUAUAGUUAUAUCUGUAAAAAUCAAGAUGUUAUUGUUGCUUACGAUGAAAUGUUAAACUAAAGUAUUUCAAAUUCUGUAUGCUUAACUUUUAAGGAAGCAGUUUUAAUAUCGUCCAAAGUCUCAUUUUGUAACUUUUACCCUUUACCCAUUAUCAUCGAUGAUGUUUCAUACUUUCGUCAUUACUUUUGUAAUGGACCCAUUAUUAAAGUACAUUUUAAGUUUUCCUCUUUCGCGAACAAGGAGAGAGUGCCACCAGGAGGAUCCACCUCUUGUUCCGAAGACGUUUAAGGAAUAUUUAGAAUAGAUUUAUAAGUUAGGUUAAUUUGUUAAUUUAGCUUAUGGACAUUUAGAAUUUGUGCUUUCGCGAGCGAAUGCAGUCAGUUAGCGGCAAGAACGAAUGUCAGUUGUAAUCGUCACUCUUAAAUAUCACUGAGCGCAUUUCAUAAGGUCAAACAUCAAAAUGCUGGUUAGUUGGAAGGAAUAGUUGGAAGAUUGGUGAAUUCUGUCGAUGGCCCUUUGCUCUUCAAAGAGUCUCAAAGUAACAAGCUCCAUUUCUUCGUCGGUGGACCAAGAAAUUGUAAAUGUCAGCUGCCAUCUGCAAGCACGUUUUAUACUCAGCAGGUGGAAAAUAACAUUAAUUUCCAUUGAAAUUGUGAAAUCGAUAAGAAUACUGCCUGACUUUGGUGUGGAGAUCGCAGUCACAGGCUCCAUUGAAGUUAACUAGAGUCGUAGCAUAAUUAAUGUACGAAGCUAGGUUAUUGCAGACCAAUGAAGUUUCAUGGUUUUAAAGACGACCGAAGACGGAAACUACGCCAUUUAAUUAUUCAUCGGUAACCAGAGAAGCUGUUAAAUAUCUUUACUAUUAUCUACAAAUGUAGACAAUAGUAUAGGAUAUCGUGUAGUGCACACGAGAAUUUGGUGGCAUCGUUAAGCUAUGCCAAAGCUGAUAUCUACUCCUGCAAUCUUUCUGGUAAUAUACGAAGUAAGGGAACCAUCGAGGAAGAAAUUCUUGUUCUUCGCUAACAAGGAAUUUAACCGUAAAAUUUGUGGAAGUUUCUGCACACUUUUUAAGGUUAUAAAAAUGUUAACAUUUGACUGCGAACUUGGAUGUUAGUUGUAGGUACUCUCUCGGUGCAUUCGCUAUGCAUUGAACAUUGACUUAUAUGCGUUAACCUCAAUUAUGGUUCUCGAUCGUAACGCAAUAUAUUUAACCCGAUUUGAAGGACAGAAUACAGUUCAACGUGCAUGUAUGUAACCUCUGAUGUAACGAAGUUGUCAAUAUAAAUAUUGCGUAUAGA